AUGAGUGUUGUGCUGAAGCUCUCAUUUAGCUAUGAUAUUACACCAUUUGCAAUGAACUUGGGACCAGAAACACCAUUGCAACUUCACUACAGUGAACAAACAAUGUCAACGAUGCUCUAUGUUCCAGCUCCAAACACCACAGCAGGUUGCGUAAUUGCAAUUUCAAGAGGUGCGGGUUAUUGGCUCGAUGGCUGGAUGGUUCGAUGUUUCGAGCCGCUUGCUCCACAAUAUGAUGCUCGCCUCCAGCCGCCCCUAAACUGGGAACAGACGCCGAUGUUGGACAUUGAGAGAGCAACUCUUAGUAAAAUUGCAGCUAAUAGCAACACAGUUGAAAUUAUCAAGGAUUUAAACGUAAAUCUCAAUGUGGAUUGGAAUUUGGUGGUAAUGGACAAUGACAUCGAUAACCGCGCGCCUAUUCUCAAGCAACCACAUAAAACAAUCAUGGUUGUAACAAAAUUAAGUGAAAUAAAACUGGAUUUGAGGGAUCCCUAUGUAAAGACAAAAUUUCUCUACGCCAAUUUUUCCCAUAAUGUCUUGGUCAUUGUGUACGUGGAUGAGAUUGAGGGAAGUUGGGAAACUGCCAGCAAGGACAAAUACCAGGACAUUUCCAAUGAGCUUGAAGCUAAUCUUCUAAGGAACUUCAGUCGCUUGGCCACUAUUGUCAAAUCGCAUUUGAGAAAAUUGCAUUUCGUGCAUAUCUUGUGGAUUGUUGAAAGGGCCACUCUAGGAAAUUUGAAUGAAUUCUCACAUAUCUGUUGGAGUUAUGGCUUCACCAAAACACUGUUCUACAGCCGCAAGGCUUUGUAUGUCUACAAUAGAUUGCCCAGCAUGAAAGUGUUGCAACUGCCAACGCUUGACCACUACUAUGAAAGGGAGGAAAUACGAAAUUUCCAUCAAUAUCCUUUGACUUUCCCCAUAACUGCAAGUCCUCCGAGAUGUUACCGUUUUAGAGAUAAACAUGGCCGCCAGACCAUCUAUGCGGGAUACAUGUAUGAGGUGCUCAUGACUUUUAUAAAACAAUUCAAUUUUACAUUUCGCGAGUAUCCUCACAACUACCAUAGCGACAGUAAGGAGCAUUUGAUGGAGGCGCUCAUUGCCGGCGAUAUGGAUGCUGCAGCAUUUCUCACAUUCCCCAAUCGUUCGUUUGACACCAGCGAUGUGCUGUGGAAUGGCUACGUUUAUAUGGCAGUGCCACAUGCCAAACCCAUUCCCCGUUAUCAAUAUUUCAAGUUACCCCUCCAAACAACCACAUGGGCUCUAUACGGCUUUACGAUAAUUGCAGAAUCUUUGGCUGUGGCUGGAUUUGUUUUUCUCAACUACUGUAUGUGGGACUUCUCCAAAUGCUUCAUCUACAUCUGCAGCUUGUCACUGUAUCAAUUUCAAAUGCCAGUUCCUCUGCACUCUACACGUUUUCAAUUGUUCUACAUGCUGCUCAUUGUGUACCACUUCGUUCUAGUCAACUGCUAUCUGUGCACCUUUUCCAGCAUGUUGGUCAGCAAUGUGUAUGAGCGUCAAAUCGACACCAUCGAGGACUUGGCCUCCACCGAUUUGCGUUUUCCCAUAAUCUAUGAGGAUAUGUAUUGGUACACACACUCGUACUGGCAGUCGCCAAUCAUAGUUCCUCUGCUGGUGCUGGAGGAUGGUUUAGUGAUCGAUGAGCUAAGACGAAAUCUAAGCACGAAUAUCAUACAGGGGGCCUUUGAAGAUAAGCUAACGUUUUUCAUGUUUCAGCAGAGAUAUCUGAAAAGACCUCGCAUACAUCGCAUGCACGCUGCUAUUUACAGCGCACCCAUAUAUAUCACGUUGCGUCAUAAUUUGCCAUAUUUCGAGCUUUUCAAUCGUUAUUUGGGUAACCUUUGGGCCUCGGGCAUAAUGUGGAAGACUUUUAUUGGCACAGAGUGGCAUGGCAUUUUGAGUGGUGAAAUUCGUUACUUAAGUGAUGAUGAGUCGAGGGAAGAACACUUGACGUUGGAGUAUUUCUCUUCGCAAUUGUUUCUGUUCAGCUGUGGCUUAUGUGCAUCGAUAAUUGUAUUUGUACUAGAAAUUAUCUACAAUAAAUAUGCACAGGUUUAA